AUGUCAGGGUUGAAGAAAUCAGGAACAAUUGAUAGAUUUUUGUUGAAGCCUACACAUACAAGAGCAAUAUCUUCUUCUCAACAACCACAACAAUUAGACGUCGAACACUUGUUUGGUGAAAAUGAACCAACAACUCAACCAGUCCCAUUUAAUCAGAAUAAUAAUAAUUUUUCCACUCCAGUUACAUCAGCUGCACUGAAAGUUUCAACAGCACAACGAUCUAGUCGUCGUACAAAUUAUUCAGUACAAUGGGAAAAAGUUGCGGAAUCAUUUUAUAGAACGUACACAUAUGAUUUACUCGGACAAAAACAAGAAAAAUUUGUUUGUUGGUUGCACAAGAAAGAGGAUGAAAAUGGUCCGAUAAAACUGGGCUGUAGACUAUGCGAAAAAUAUCAAAUGAUAAAAAAUUCCAAUGGAAAAAAUAAUCCAUGGGCAACACAUGAUUUCAUUGUCUCGGCAUUAAAUGAUAUAAAAAAACAUUCUUCCAACGACGUACAUCAUAAAGCUCAAGUACUAGAAUUGGAACUCUCACUGAAAAGUCAACCGGAUUGGCUUACAACACAAGCAAAAACUAUUUCACGGCAUCAAGAAUCUAUUCAAAAUUUAAUGCUUUCGUCUGUUUAUUUGUGUCAACAGGAUCAAUCACUGAACAGUCUACAACCGCUAUGUAAUUUAUUAGAAAAAACGGGUGUUCAAUUACUGCCGGCAGAAGUGGCAGGUAUUAGUUAUCGAAAUAAUGAUGCAGCACUCUUAUUUCUUCAGUACGUCGCUCGAAUUUUACACAAAGAAUUAGUAGAGAAGAUAAAAGCAAGUCCCGUUAUUGGUUGGAUGAUGGACGAAUCCACCUCAAGAACUACCGAAAAAAGUUGCAUUGUUGAUGUCCGUUACUUGGAUAAUUAUGAAUCAAAAACAUCGUUUUAUGGGCUCAUGAAUAUGGAAGGAGAUGGCACAGCUGAGAAUAUUGUUAAUAAUAUUAGUGAAUUAUGGGAAAAAGAUGAAAUUGAUGUGAUCAAAUCGUGUUGGAUAGCUUCCGACAAUGCUUCAACUUUUACAGGUGUACAUGAGGGAGUUGCUGCUCAACUACGAAAAAAGUAUAAGAUUAACUACUUAGAAUUAAACACUUGUGCCGCACACUCGUUUGCUCUUGUUGGUAGUCAUGCUGGACAAUAUGUAGACGUCGAUAGAAAAUUGAAAACAAGAGCUGAACUGGCUAAUUUUGAACAUAUUAUUGGUAGGAUUCACAAUUAUUUCAAUCGAAGUGUGACCCGUCAACAGAAAUUAAAGAAAUGGCAAAAUUAUCUUGAUCUCCCCGAGUUGAAAUUUAAACGUUUAUUCGAUAUCCGCUGGUCAAGUGUACGUGGUUGUAUGAAACCGAUUAUCGAGAACACUAAACCAGGUAAAUGUAGGCAUGUACCAAUACCAAUCGUUAUUGGAGAUAUUGUACAAUACUAUUGGGUAUCCAAUAAUAUUCGGAUCCAAUAAUAUUGCUCACCCAAUCUAUUGGAACCAAUAAUAUUGGUCACGCAAUCUAUUGGAAGCAAUAAUAUUGGUCACUCAGUAUAUUGGGACCAAUAAUAUUGGAUUCCGCAGUACACUGGAUUCCAACCUUUAAAUCUUAAUAUCACUUACAUUCAUAAAAACGUGGGGAAGCAUAUCUUGAUCGGGAUUAGGCAUGCACCGAUUAAUAAUCGAUGUUAGGGCAUCCAGGAAAGUCUUUCCAAAUCAGUUGUAAAAACGC